GAGAUUUGAUAAAUAUAGUUCUUUGACAGGGAAGUGCGCCAACUGGAACAUAUUUAGGACUAUAAUAUAAUAAUAAUAAUCAAUAAACCAGCUCGGGGAACAGCGCACUUCCUCCUCUCUCCCGAGGAAGAAAAGGGGCAGGUGCAGACACCAUUGGGCUUUCGAAACUGCGCCUCGAUCGCGACACGCGUUCAGGACACAUAUAUAUCUUUUUAUAUACUGGCUACAAUUAUACUGGUUCCUCUUUAAUCCACAUUCACAAGUCCUUAUCCUAUCUCUUUUAACGUCUCUCCGUUGAAGAUUGUUUUUGAGUUCAGGAUCUGGUCUAGUGCGAGCUACUGAAGGACGACAGAGAUUCAGCGCAACAGAAACAUUAAAAUCUCAUCGAUCAUCGUAAAUACAUUCAGUUUCUUCACAGCUCUACAACAGCAUGUGGAACAUGUUGAUCUUUGUGUUUUUAUUAUUCAUUCACGGUGUGUCUGCUACAGAGACGGAUGAAUCGGAGUCAGUGACUGUGAUGGAGGGAGAUUCUGUCACCCUACACACUAACCUUUCUGAACUACUGAACGAUGAUACAAUACUGUGGAUGUUCGGACCUAAAGACGAUCUCAUAUCUCAAAUAAAGAGAAAGCAUGACUUGACCACAUUUUUUGUCACCAAUGAUGCUGGAAUCGGUGGCAGAUUGCAGGUGGAUCAAAAGACAGGAUCUCUCACCAUCACAAACACCAGAAUCAGACACUCGGGACAAUAUAAACUCACCAUCUCUAGAGUAAAGAUUACGACGAAGACAUUUGAUGUGACUAUCAUGGGUGUGGUUAGUGAGAUGGAUGGAUUGAAAUCAGUGUCAGUAUCAGUGACAGAAGGAGAUCCUAUCACUCUAUGUAUCGAUGCUGAAACACACAAAGAUGCUCUGAUGCUGUGGAGGUUUGGAGAUAAAGGAAUCCUCCUCGCUAAAAUCGAUAGUGAAACACGUGACAUCUCAUUGAACAAUGCUGACGAGAGAUUCAGAGAUCAACUAGAGCUGAAUCAGAACGGAUCGCUGACUAUCAAGAAGAGCAGAAGUGAACACGCUGGACUCUAUGAGCUCCAGAUCAGAGGCCGUGAGGGCUCACAGCGAUUCCUUCUUUCUGUCAAUGAUCCAGGUCUUUCUUCCGGUGCUAUAGCAGGAAUCUUUUUUGGUGUUUUAGUUCCUGUUUUGCUGCUUGUGGCUGCAGCUUUGGCCGUGAAUCACUAUCGCCACAGGAUCUCUAAAUUAAAAAAGCAAGUGGUAUGUGAAGCUGUGCCAGUUGAAGAGAAAGAUGAGACCGUGACGGAGGGAGAUUCUCCAACUCUUCGCACUGGCCUCACUGAAAUAAAUGCUACUGAAAUGAUAGAGUGGUGCUAUGAAGAAGACAACAAUCGCAUUGCUGAAAUCACUGGAGGGAGCAGAAGGAAAUCUACGUUUGCUGGUGCUGAUGGGAGAUUCUGGAGCAAACUGACGCUGGAUGAAAGAACUGGAGAUCUCACUAUCAGUAACAUCAGAACCAUUCACUCUGGACUCUAUAAACUAAAAAUCACCGGGAGCACCAUGAAAACCAAACACAAGAGAUUCAUUCUUUCUGUCAAAGUGGAGUCGAUGUCAGUGAAGGAGGGAGCUUCUGCUCUUCUCCAGACUGCUGCUGCGGUUCAGACAGAUGAUCUCAUAGUGUGGACGUCUGGAGCUCAAAACCGUCUCGUUGUUAAACGGGAUUCAGGAAAGGUGACAUAUGGUAAGCAAUUCAGAGACCGACUGACUCUGAACCAGACGACUGGAUCGCUGACCAUCACGAACAUCAGACUCACAGACUCUGGACAUUUUAAACUGCAAAUCAUCAACAGCGAACAGACCACAUUCAAAAGAUUCAAUGUGACUGUCACUGACUCCACAGCUGAAGGAGUGAAUGAAGAGAUGACUGUAGUAACGCCGCUGUUAAACGGAGAAGUUACUGAUGGAGGCAACGAGCAGCAGGCAACCAGUCCAGUUUGAGGAGAUAAGACACGCCCACCACUGUGACAUCAUCCACAAUCAUGCCCUACAUUUCUGCUGUCAGUGAAAAAUGUGAAGAACACUGACAAAAAGUUCCAGUGAUUUCUUGUGUGAUGAGCACAUGACAAGCAACAGGUUAUACAAGAUGUGAUAUCUGACACGGCAACAAGCAGAGAGUGUUGAGUCCCAAACUAAACCAUUCUCUGUCCACACUGAAGACGCUUUGAUGACACUGUGAACUGAUCUGUGGUGCUACAACUAUCACAUCAAUACUGGAAUAGAUGUACCUACAUUGUUUACUACAUCUGAACCAAUUCCAGAGAGUCAAGAUGAUGCAAGAACAGGCAAACACUUGUCACUUAAAAAACUACUGUGUUUACUUGUUUAUCUCUAUCAUC